AAGCAGCUACGAUAGGCAGCACACGAGCUGCCGUUAUGUCAAACGAGCUGGUUUUUGUAUUUAUCGGUGUCUCUAGUGUGUUUUGUGAUUUUUCCAAAUAAAAAGAAAAUGAAAUUGCGCAGCCAAACCUACCGCGAAAUGGUUAAAAUACUCAAAGACGCUGGUGUCUAUGUGGAAGGAAUGCAAACUUCAGAGCUUAAGCAGCUUUUGCAGACCGUAGAAAUGUCCACCAUGGAGCGAAUUGAGGCAAACCAGGAAAACCAGAAUUUUGAAAGUGCCCACAAUGAGGGCGAGCUGGAGGUUAAUUCAUCGCACCCCGUGGAGGUCCACCAAUCGACUACCGACAUGCUGCCGUCUGUGCUGACGCCUCGUUUCUCGCUUGCGCCCAUGGCUGGUGAUGUGGGUGUGAAUAUCUCUCAGCCUGGUUGCGAUAGUCCUUCCAGUGAGCCACUUCUUCUGUCGCCUCGUUUCUCGCUUUCGCCCAUCGCUAGUGAUCUGGGUGUGGAUCUCUCACAGCCUGAUUGCGAUAGUUCUUCCAGUGAGCCCCUUCUGCUGACGCCUCGUUUCUCGCUUUCGCCCACGGCUGGUGAUGUGGGUGUGGAUGUCUCACAGCCUGAUUGCGAUAGUCCUCCCAGUGAGCCCCUUCUGCUGAUUGUUCGUGCAGUUGUACAUCAUGCCCUUGAGUGGAGCCCCUCGGCCGAGCGUCAGACUGUACGCGAGCGUCGGACUGUACGCGAGCGCAGUGCAGACGGAAACAGCCGCGUACUCCGUUCGCAUUCGAGGCGUGUCCAAACCAACAACAAAAACAAUACCUAGAGUAGCAACGAUCAUUCAUCCCCAUCCACUUUAUAAAUCUUUGUAAUAUUUGAGCUUCGCUUCUAUCGCGUGGCAUUCUUCCUCAGACGGAAGAACGUUUACAUCGGCUUUUCGCGUGCGUCCAGACAAGGGCCAUUUCCCUAACCCUAAAUUUCAUCCGACACACUCAGACCCGGCGAUUAAAUAUAAUUAAAUAUAUGUUCAACUAUGCUCUUA